AUGAAGUUGAUUGCCGCUCUCUCCACUUCACUCGCUGCCCUCGCCGCCGCCAAUCCGCUGCCCGUUGACUCGGAAGCCAAAAAAGCGCUUUCGACACGCGCAACCAUCGUGGCAGUAACGUGUCCUGCAGUGAGCAAUGCCGGCGAAGUAAACUACUCGGUGCGAAACAUCGAAGAGGCCUUUAACAUUGGAUCGGGACUCUUGGUGCCCCCUCCAGAAUGGGUUACAGGUGCAAAUGGCGUCGACUACCCACAUUACUUUGGCAACUACGACAAUCUGCCCCUGCCGAGCGACUGCACGGCUCCCGAUGUGAUUGAUCAGCAAGAAUAUCCCAUUCUGCGCACCAAAGUCGCUUUUGGCGAUCAGUCGCAGCCAGGGCCGGACCGGGUCAUUUUUGCGCGACAGACGGGCGGUGGCUUUGUGUAUUGCAUCACGGUGUAUCACAAGGACGGUGGAGGAUUUGGUCAGUGCACGUGA